AUGGAGUUUGUGGAUGCUAUCAAAGAGCUUAGAGAGCUCCCUGAAGGCACUCACCUCCUCUGCCCCCGCCAGAACGAUGAUGAUCACCAACGCUACGAUGAGUUAGAACAGGUCGAUACCCAGGGCAGGAAAAUAAAGGAUCUGGUCGCCGAAGCGAACACUCGCAGAGAAAAGUUCCUCUCCUGCAUGCGUAUCCUCGCCUACAAUGCGGAUGGCGUCGAGGAGCUGCAAAGCUGGGUCCUGAACAAACUGGAUGACACCCUCGAGAAAUGCGACUUCUGCGUCAAGCAGUACUACAUGGGCAAGACCUGGCUGAUGGAUCAGCUUAAGAUGAACUACGAAGAGGAGGACAUUGUAGCAUUCUUUCAGCGAGUCGACGAGUUGGAUAUCAAGCGCAUUACACGCAAUCUUGCAACGGCUACUGCGCAACUGAAGAGUGUUCCUCCUGAGAAAAUUGCACUGAGCGUCCUGGAAAGAGCGGCUCUGCUUUCCAUUUUCGAGACACUGAGUUGCGAGGCAAUGCUGCGCAAUGAGAGUCUCUUAGCCGAACACUUCGAUGUGCCAUUCCGACUGGUCCAGACUAAACGAACCUUGAAGAUCUCGGAUUAUGUCCCAGCCGUCACUCGAUUCCUUUUUGACGCAAACCAACUCCGCAGCUUCUGGGCCAUCUCCACCUGGACCCGAUAUGCCCGCCCCCCAACGGCUUCGGAGUUUGACUGGGCCAUUCGUGAUGGUCUACUCGGUGCAUUGCAAAUUGCCUCGGUGCAACCGCCUCAGCUUACUUCUAUCCAACGGCUGUGGCGUGGCAUGCAGCUCAUUGUUAGGAAGCUGGAUAAGGAACAGAUAACUCACCAGCUGCGGGCGCUGGACAUUGAUCCAAUCCGUCUCUCGGUUGACCAUCUGAGCUUUCCAACCCCGGGAUUGCGCUUUCUUCUUAAUACCAUCCAAACCUUCCUAGAAAAGGCACCCACUGAUUUCUGGGACGCCAUGCAAACAAUUUCUCCCCAGGCCAUUAUGGAACAUACGUUCUUCAACACUCAGUUCAAUGCAUUUCUCAUGCAAACCACCGAAGGAGAUCCAUACGAGAAGUCUGCAAUGAAGGAUAUGCUAUCAUGGAUCGAACCGUUCCUGGAUUCAUUAAAGCCUGCUCACUCGCCAGCUGCAUCUAGAUUCCUGGCACUGCAGCUGCUCAAUCGUCUGCAAAGCUCGCAACUCCCUCAAUUGUCCCGCUAUCAUUGCUUCCGCAUCGGCCUCAAUACUCUCCUCCAUACCCUACGUCGCUUUACCGACAACGAAGCCUCGAGAAGCUCAGUCGAUCACAUUGUGCUGGAAACUUUGAUGGGCGUUCUUAGCGACAUCAUCAACAUAAUCUUGAAUACACCUAAGUUUGACAUCGAGGAGGGACGCCAACAGGAAAUCGUGUCGUCAUGCAUGGACGUUGUUCGCAACGCACUCGCACUGGAGUGCCAAUCUCUCAAAAGUGACUAUGAGGUUCUUCUUACGAGCGGUUCGCUCUCUCACCGAUCGUCGACAUACUCUCCACCGAUUUGGAAUGCCGUUCUGAAACACCUGAAUGAAGACAACCCCGGUCUCUCUGCAGCUGCCCUUCUAGGUAUCAUCCCCCUCGUGGGCCUGGAGAAAUUCCCAGUAAAGGGCGAAGAGAGCCAAAAGAUCACUUUCAACGAGACCUAUGAACAUCUCACACGCUUAUCUUCUCAAAUCAUUGAAAAUUUGGCAGAGUUCAAACCCGACCAUCUUGAAACACUCUUCAAGACUCAGGACACGAGCAGCGCGCUCAUAUCCACCCUCUUCACGGCCGAUAUUCCCGCAUAUCAAGCGUCUGUGGAUCUGAUUAAGAACGUCAGUGGUAAACCUGCUCGGCGAGAUGCUAUCUCUUACCUGCUCGAGCGCAAUUUUACAACCACCAUGUACGGUCUUAGCUGGUCUUUUCGGCGUAUUUCUAACAUGAAAACGUUCGGUCCUGCUCCUCGGAUGCUCCACACUGGCACCGAUAUCAUUGAGAUCCUUGCUGGCGCUGCAGAAGCUCUGGGACUUUUGUGGCAGGCAUUGACGACCAUAUUCAACGAAACCGAGAAUUGGUCUCUUCGAGGAAACGAUAAGUCCAAGAUGCUCGAAUUUUGUCGUGAUACGAUCCAAUUUGCCGAUUUUCUCUUCAACCAGUAUGCCGUCUUCCUCGGUGCCCUGGAAAGCAGCGUGAAAGAUGCGGAUCCUAGCCAGAAGUCAGCAUCUGAGAAUUUCCUUAGGUCGCCGACCAGCAUUAUGCGUGCUAUGGUAAAAUGGCUAAGACUUAAGGAUGAAUAUCUCGCCACUACUACGGUUGGCCUUGUGUCCAAGGUGCUCCGCAGACUGGCCAGCUUAGACGUGACAACCGUACAGCAGGAUGCUUUGGAUUAUAUCGAAGGUGUAUCGGUCAAUGGAACCAUCCGUACAAUCCUGACCGCACCCGACAAGGCUGAGUUGGUUCGCUCGCUGGAGGCUUACUACAAGAAGCCUGUAGUCACUGCGUCUACUGCCGCAUUGAAAAAGCAAAGUUCAAUCACUGCAUUUGCGAAACCAUCUGAUACCCACCCUUCACGCUCAUUCACUUCGAGCGAUGAUGAAUUCACUGAUGUUCCCAACGAUACUCUUCUAGAGCUUUCCCACUCCGUCGAACUCAAUCGACAGCGUCUUGCAACUCAGGCCAAGCAAAAAGCUGAACAAGCUCGCAAAUCGACAUCGAUGGCUACGAAAUCCCGCCAGACCAUUUCUCAGCAGAUUGCCACACAGCGUGUGAAGGACAACGUCGUCGCCGUCUCAUCUUUCCGUGAGAGACGCGAGCGCGAGAAGGAGGCGAAGAAGAAACGUGAUCUUGAAGCGGCAGCGAGGUUAAGGAAAAACCUGCCAGCUCGUGGAGUCGCCGAACAAACGCCCGAGCAGGGCUCUGGCCUGAAAGGGAUUGGCGUCAAGGGCAAAGAUCACAAUGUUCAGGCAAACAGCAUGAUGGUCUCCUCUGGGUCCGAAAGUGAUUCCGAGAGUGAAGACGAGCUUGACCAGGAGUUGUUUGGUGCAAAGCCGAAAAAGUCCGAAGCGGUGGCAGCUUAUGAGGAGAGUAAAAAGAAAGCUUUGCAGCAACAACCGGUCAGGAAGGCAAAACGCGCACGUUCUGCUAAUGACAUGCGUGCCCGCUUGACUCCUGACCUGUCAAACCUUCAGCACACCAUCCUUUCCUGGGACUAUUUCGCCACUGGCAACUAUCCACCCAGUUCUGGUAAAUGGGAUUGCACCGCGGUUUCCAACACAUACCGCCAUUGCACCGAAUACCAGGCCACUUUCGAGCCCUUGUUGGUUCUCGAAGCAUGGCAGGGCUUCCAGCAAGUCAAGGAAGAAGGAUCAUUUCGAUCAUUUGAGUUCCAGGUCAUGUCCCGCAUGACUAUUGACAAUUGGAUCGAGGUCUGUAUCAAGCCAGUUCAAAUUCUUCCGAAGGAUUUGCACAUGGGGGAGGGUGACAUCAUCUUGUUCUCCAACUCGUCUCAACCGACCAGUGAUCCCAAAGCAGACCACGUCCUUGCUCGCGUGGCUAAAGUUACCCAUACAAGGGGAAAGGAAGAAAUUGUUUGCCGGCUGAAUGGCGCGACUGGAGCAAAUGCUGCCACGAGCAAAUUUCUUGCGUCUUUCGCACCCAAAUUUGAGGCUUGGGGUGCGAAGAUUACGUCUUUCACCCCCGUGGAGCGAGAAUACGGCGCUCUCAUGGCUCUGCAAUUCUAUGACUUGUGCCAUGAGAUUCUGCAGGCCAAGCCAUCGCCAAUCCUUACCUACGGGGAGGCCAAGCUGGACCCGUUCAUGAAGACCUAUUCGGUCAACCGUGCCCAAGCCAUAGCAAUUCGGCACACUUUGGACAAUGAUGGAUUUACUCUGAUUCAGGGACCUCCUGGGUCCGGCAAAACAAAGACCAUCACUGCUCUGGUAGGAAGUCUCCUGAGUGGCGUGCUUGGCAAGACUGCGACUUCUAUCAAACCAGGCUCCCAUGCGCCUUCGUCCAGACCCGGCCCUCCGGUCAUUGGUGGACCUCCGGCUAAACCCCGUGGGAAGCUGCUUAUCUGCGCCCCAAGUAAUGCUGCCGUGGAUGAACUGGUGAUGCGAUUGAAGCAAGGCGUUACGACGAGAAAUGGAAGCCGUGAAAAAAUCUCCGUGGUUCGUAUGGGAAGAGGCGAUGCGAUCAACUCAAAAGUGCUCGAGGUUUCUCUGGACGAGCUGGUCAAUGCUCGUCUGGCCGCAAAUCCUAGUUCCAAUGGCGCCGUGGAUAUGCAAAAGCUGUACGAACAGCACAAAGAAACCGAUACUCGGUUCAAGGAGAUUCGGUCUUCGUUAGAUGAGCUCAGAGCCCAGGGCCGGCACCCACCAGAGGAACUCGAGCGUGAAUACGACUUGAUGAGGAGAAAGCGAUCCCAACUGAGUACGGACAUCGACAAGGCUCGUGACAAGAUCCGAGCCAGCGCUCGAAAUGCCGAUCUUGACAAGCAGCGCGUACAGAAAGCUGUGAUUGACGAGGCGCAUGUUAUUUGUGCUACGCUCAGUGGCUCUGGACACGAAAUCUUCCAAAAGAUGAAUGUGGAAUUUGAGACGGUGAUUAUUGACGAAGCAGCUCAGUCGAUUGAGCUGAGCGCAUUGAUCCCUCUCAAGUAUGGAUGCUCGAAGUGCAUUCUGGUCGGUGAUCCCAAGCAGCUGCCACCGACUGUGCUUUCGCAAAUGGCAACAUCCUUCCAGUACGAGCAAAGUUUGUUCGUCCGGAUGCAAAAGAACCAUCCCAAGGAUGUGCAUCUGCUGGAUGUCCAAUAUCGAAUGCAUCCGGCCAUCAGCCAGUUCCCCAGCGCCACAUUCUACGAUGGCAGGCUACAAGAUGGGCCCGGCAUGGUCAAGCUUCGACAACGGCCCUGGCACCAGAGUAAGCUGCUGAGCCCUUACCGAUUUUUCGACGUCCAAGGCAUGCACCAGAGUGCACCCAAGGGUCACUCCCUGGUCAACUAUGCAGAAAUCCGGGUCUCGAUGCAACUGUACGAUCGACUGAUCGCGGAUGUCAAGGAUUACGACUUUGCCGGGAAUAUUGGCAUCAUCACGCCUUACAAAGGCCAAUUGAAAGAAAUGAAGAUGCAGUUCAUUCACCGAUACGGUGAACAGAUUCUGAAGCAAGUUGACUUCAACACUACCGAUGCCUUCCAGGGCCGGGAGUGUGAAGUGAUCAUUUUCUCUUGCGUUCGAGCGUCUAACAAGGGCAUUGGUUUCUUGGCUGAUAUUCGCCGAAUGAACGUCGGUUUGACACGUGCCAAGUCGUCGCUUUGGGUGCUGGGCAAUUCCCAGGCUCUGAUGCAGGGCAAGUUCUGGGGCAGUCUCAUCAAAGAUGCCCGUGGGCGGAACGUCUAUACUGACGGUGACAUCCUGAAGCUGCUCCAGCAGCCGCAAGUGACUCCUGGACAGCCGCUGUUGGAUGUCACCCAGGAAGUUGAGACGGUCAAGCAAUCUUCACCGCCACCCAAGCCUGAGUCUCCUCCAGCGCCGUCGAAGAAGGCCGAGUCUCCGGCGCCAUAUAAAAAGGACAAGUCUCCUUCGAGGUCGGCGUCGUCCUCCGAUCAAGGAAGCCCUCAAAAGUCGGCUUCCCGUAGCCCCUCCAGCGGGCGUGAGGAUACUCCCAAGGGGGGCCCAAGAGGAUCCUCACCCCGUGCCUCCUCCCUCCGCCGAGUCUAA